GGGGGCGGACCGCCGGCAUGGCGCACAAGCAGAUCUACUACUCGGACAAGUACGACGACGAGGAGUUCGAGUACCGGCAUGUGAUGCUGCCCAAGGACAUCGCCAAGCUGGUGCCCAAGACCCACCUGCUGUCGGAGUCGGAGUGGCGGAACCUGGGGGUGCAGCAGAGCCAGGGCUGGGUCCACUACAUGAUCCACGAGCCAGAACCCCACAUCCUGCUUUUCCGCCGGCCGCUGCCCAAGAAGCCGGAGAAGUGAGCGACUCCCCCGGCCCGCCGAAGCCCCCGGCCUGCCCGAGCUGAGACAGCACCUUCCUCCUCCUCUUCCUCCUCGGCAUUCCCGGGGGGCUUCACCCCGUGCCGCGCCACCGGGUGCCCCUGACCCUCGGUGCUGCCGCGGUGGCUCAGCCCCGGUACCGGGGGGGGGGGUUCUUCCCGCUGCGAGGCCUGAGUGCGCACCGAAGCUUCAAUAAAUGGAUGUUUGGGA